AUGAUGAAGACGACUCACACCACAUCACGAGCGCAUCUGCUAUCGGACGACCCGCUGACCAAUGAUGAAGACCGCACCCUCGCCGACACAUUCGACUCGGAUUCCGACGACGACGAGGAUGGCGAUGGGAGGGAUGAUCGGCAGCGGCUGAUGCGGGGGAACCCCACGUCGACGGAUGGCCAGGAUCGGCCGCAGGAAAUGCAGCGUAGAGUGACCGAGUUGCCGGCCUUUAGCCCGACUGCGCAGGCACCGCCAGGGGGAAGGGUGUAUGGAGGGGGCAAUGGGGGUGUCUGGGCGAAUCUGAGUGCGAAACCAACGAGGGGGGAGGAUGCCGAGGAAAAGCCUCCUACAUACGAACAAGCCGCCGCAGAUGCCACUCCACCUUAUUGGGAAACCACCAUUCUCGCCCCCGGCACGUUCGGUGACGAAGUCUUUGUCGAAGGCCUCCCCGUCGGCUCCCUCUUCAGCUUCAUGUGGAACGCCAUGAUCUCCAUGUCCUUUCAACUCGUCGGCUUCCUGCUCACCUACCUGCUACACACCACCCACGCCGCCAAAAACGGAUCCCGCGCUGGUCUCGGAAUCACCCUCGUCCAAUUCGGCUUCGGCUUCCGCUCCGCCGUCCUCACCCCCGGCGGCGGAAACGGCGGGGGCGCAGGUACAGGAGGAGGCGGCGCCAACGACGACCCGGGCCAAGGCUUCGACGGCGGCGUCCCCUCGGAUCCCAACUCGCACGACUUUGACCCCGAGAGCGUGGCCGGGGCCGCAGGCUCGGCAGCUUCCUCGUCGGCCGUUGGGGCCUCGGGAGCGGUGACGGGAAGCGAUUGGAUUGCGUAUGGCCUGAUGAUUGUGGGCUGGUUUAUUCUCAUCAAGAGCGUCAGUGAUUUCAUUCGUGCUCGGAGACACGAGCAGCUUGUUUUGCAGAGUCCGGAUCGCGGGCUGGGUGUGGCGGUUGUGGCGGAAGGAGAGGGCCCGGAGAGGAGUGUGUAG